GAGGGGUUGGCUUAUCGGUGUUUUGAAUUAGGUCUCAAAAGUAGACUGUCAAGAAUUGUCACUUUCUCUCGGGAUACUGUAUCUACCUGGUAUUUUGAACCAGCAGCAUCUUUAACUGGAAUUUAAAGCAAACCUUCAAAAAAUGAGUAAAAUUUCAAAGUUGUUUAAAGUGAGCUCCUCUUCAAGCUCGUCCAGCUCCAGGCCCAGUUCUGGAUCUGGAUCAAGCUCUAGAUCUCGGCACCACCGAUCCAGGUCUGGUCCUUCACCCCAGGAGGCCAUCCACAGACUGAGAGAGACAGAGGCGAUGUUAACUAAAAAACAGCAAUACCUAGAGAGCAGAAUCGAGCAGGAGAUCACGAUUGCCAAGAAGAAUGGCACCAAAAACAAAAGAGCUGCACUUCAGGCUCUUAAGAGAAAGAAACGCUUUGAGCAGCAGUUAACGCAGAUCGAUGGGACUCUGUCCACCAUUGAGUUCCAGCGAGAAGCUCUGGAGAAUGCCACCACAAACACAGAGGUCCUGAAGAACAUGGGUUACGCUGCCAAAGCCAUCAAAGGGGUUCACCAGAACAUAGAUCUGGAUAAGAUUGAUUCCCUCAUGCAGGACAUUACAGAACAGCAGGAAGUCGCUCAGGAGAUCAGUGAUGCCAUCUCACGACCUUUUGGUGACCAGUUUGAUGAGGAUGAAUUGUUGGCAGAGCUGGCAGAGUUGGAACAGGAAGAACUAGAAGAAAGUAUGAAGAAUAUGGGUAGAUUACCAAGUGUACCGACUACCAAACUACCCAGCACAAGACCAAGCCACCCUGCAACAUCCAAGAAGAGAGUGGAGGAUGAUCAUGACAUGAAGAGGUUGGCUGCAUGGGCUUCCUAGACAGCAGUACAGACAAAAACUUUCUAUGCACUCUCAAAAUCAUAGACAUGCACUGCCAAUAAUUUGUCACAUUGUUAGAACUUAAAAAAAAAUGUAGAGAAAUGAAGUUGAGACAAAUAGCGGAUUGUUAUAUAUAUGAGUUGAUCUUUAAAAUGAAGGAUUACUUUGCUGGAGACAACUUUGUGUAAAUAGCAGCAUUUAAUGAGUGAAGGAUCAUGAACUGUUUAUUUUUGAUUAAAUGUAAAUGUUGAAUACUGGGUUUGGAUGAAAAUAAACUGAUAUUAACUACA